CUCCCGCCUAAACGAGCUUUUUAUUUCUCGAGAACGCAUGCACGAUGAGUGUAUAAUGAUGGCAUAGUGUAUUUAUACUGUCCCAAAAUGUAAGGCACAGAUUCAAAAAGAGCCGUUGAAGAUGGUGUUUGCACGGUCCACAGUCCACAGUGACUCCUUUAAACAAUAAAACCACGUGAAGCGAGAUUCUUUUUGCGUCGUGCGUGCCUGAAUUAUGCUGUGCGCAAAGACAUCCUUUUCCCCAACUCCCCUAGCGCGUCCCCCUUUGCCUGUUUUCUCUCUCUCUCUUUCGCUCCACAAACACAGCCGAUCUAAUACCCCUUGCCUGUUCUUUUCUUUUCUUUGCUUAUGUCCAUACCCAAACGCAGUCAAUCGUUACUGCAGCGCUCAUGGUCGUUCCCCAACGCCCCUCUUCCCGAGUGUGACGCCCGAAAACGAUACAAUACUGCAGCGUAUGUGUUGCCACCGUUACGGUCGUCAAGUCUGGCCCCAGACUAUUCUGAGCCAUUAGUAACGAUAGCAGCCACAACACCACCAACAACAACUCAUCUGGACAAUGACAAUGAUCUCAACGAUGAAGAAGCAUCGUCAUUACUCGAGUGGAAACGCCAGUCUAUUUUACUGCGUGCCUCGGUGAAUAUACCCGUGUCCGACGAAAAAGACAAAUGCCAGGACAUGGCCGACAGACUGUGGCGAGGAGAUAAAGUCCCAGAAGCAUCAUUUCUCGGCAAUGGUGAUCCAUUCUCGCAAUGUACACUUGAGCUGUAUCUUGUAAAAUAUGACUUUGGCGGUAUGCGACUUGAUGAAGCGUUCAGAAAGUUGUGUCAGAAGGUCUAUUUCAAAGCAGAAGCCCAGGAAAUUGAUCGGAUACUGGAAGCAUUCGCGCAUCGGUACUGGUCAUGCAAUACUGAAGCCCUGUGCGGUUCUGCAGAUGUUAUCUACGCUUUAAUAUACUCGCUGAUGCUACUGAACACAGAUCUACAUAUUGCCAAGGGGCACACACGCAUGAACAGACUCACAUUCUGUAAGAAUACGAUGGAGACAAUACGUAACUUUGUACCAAAGGAAACUUUCACGGAAUGCGAGGUUGAGAUCGACACGUUAUUAAAGGAUUUGUACAAUUCUGUAAAACAACAAGGAUUUAUGCAGCCUGAACACACCAACAACAGCAGUAACAGCAGUAACAGCAGCAGCAACAUACCGCGUACUUUGCUGCGACGGAUAGGGUCAUUUACUCAAAAGGACAAAAGUAAUAAAUCGACAGUAUGCAUGCAUGCGGACGGCGGUGGAAGCGACAAGUCACUUGUCUAUCUGGAGGGCAAGAUGCUCUACAAGGCUGUACCACCACGGCCUGCUUCUAUUAAUAAUACGGCGAGGCACAAUAACAAUAACAUCAAUAGACGCAUCACCAAACGAAGCAACCACCACCACCACCAUCAUCAUCAUCAUCAUCACGAGAGAUAUCGCGAGUGCUGGAUCUCACUGGGCCCGGGGUUCCUGCAAAUAGACCAGCACUUUGGCGCACGACUAGGAACAAAAACGUCAUGUCACGACCUUUUCCACGCCUUUGCCAUUCCACAUGCACCAAGCUGGCAUCAGAAUGGUCCGUCACCCUUUGGGUUUCUGUUGCAGCUGCCCGAUGGUCACGCCUACAUGUUCAACUGCGACUCAAAAAACCAGGUGCAAACAUGGGUGCGGCAGUGCAACUACUGGGCAGCCAGAGAGACCAAGGUGCCUCUGCCGAGUGGGGUGGGGAACUCGAUCUACUUUGGAUGGGAGCCGGCCAUACUGAACGGACAUGUGUGUCUUGACCAGGUCGAGAUUCAAGACUGGUUUUCUCCGCUGCUCAAUGACAGCAGCAGCCAUGCCAUGGGUACAUGUAAUGUGGACGAGCACUACGACACGCUGCACCAGUACUUGAACGCCCUGCGGACGGAACGUGAGCAGCAUGUCGCGCUGUUUGACCCGAUAGAUCAAGUGGCCGUAGGUACCACCAAGUGGGCUCAGGUGCACGCUAAUUGGACUGCCCGAAAAGGAUUUCUCGACCAGCAAAUCCAAAAGUACAAUGCUUACAUCAACGCGAUUGAGGAGCAGCGGAGGAUGCCAUUUGCUGGGUUCUACGACGAUGGUUCGUCGUGGCUUUCUGACAUGGACCUGUUCAAAGAGAUCAGUGAUGAGCUUGAAUCCAAGGGAUCUAAGCCGCUGUUAUAGUAGAAAAAUACAAGUAGUUCACCCAAAAGAGUUAUAACUGUAUCUGCAAAGCGUGGGGAGGGUGUGUGUUGUAAAUUAGGUAGGACAAACAAAACAAAAAAGCUGUCAACUUGAGUUACGUAAUGAUGAAAGAAAUUUGCUCAGGUG